AUGGUUGCCGAUACCAGCUACUAUGAUGCCCUGGGGGUACCGCCCACCGCCACGCAAAUCGAGAUCAAGAAGGCCUAUCGGAAGCUCGCUAUCACUACGCAUCCUGAUAAGAAUCCCGGCGAUGAGACCGCUCAUACCCGAUUCCAAGCCAUCGGCGAAGCGUAUCAAGUUCUCAGCGAUGACGAACUGCGACAGCGAUAUGACAAGUUUGGCAAGGAAGACGCGGUUCCGGGUGGUGGUUUUGAGGACCCGUCCGAGUUCUUCAGCAUGAUUUUCGGUGGUAGCGCCUUCGUCGACCUGAUCGGAGAGAUCUCCCUCAUGAAGGACCUGACCACGACAAUGGACAUCACCAUGCAGCAGAUGGAGGAGGACGAGCUCGCCGCAUCUGCAGAAGAGAAACUCAACAUCCAUGAACAAGAAACGAAGACUGGCGCCGCCCCUACCGAAGGUACAACUCCAGAGGGUGCGACCACGGAGGGUACCACGGCCACCGCCGCUGCUGCCGCAGCACCGCAGGAACCGGAGAAGACUCCCCCUCGACGAUAUUUGGGUCAGCAGGCGAUUAUGGAUAAGUCAGAGGAAGAAGCACGCAUGGAGGCAGCUGGUCUAUCUCCGGAAGAAAAGGAACUUCGUAAAAAGGAGAAGAAGAAGGGUGGAUUGACCAAGGAACAGCAGGACCGUUUGGCUGCAUACGAACUCGAGCGGAAGAAGGCUCGUGAAGAGCGGGUCAAUACUCUGGCAACGAAGUUGGUAGACAAGAUCAGUGUCUGGACGGAGACCGAUAAGAGCCCUGACGUGACGCAUGCUUUUGAGGAGAAGAUCCGCCUCGAGGUCGAGAACCUGAAGAUGGAGUCGUUCGGUCUCGAGAUUCUGCAUGCGAUCGGUGCGACAUACGUCCAGAAAUCGACCUCCUUCCUCAAGUCUCAGAAGUUCCUGGGCAUUUCCGGCUUCUUCUCUCGUCUCAAGGACAAGGGAACGUUGGCCAAGGAAACCUGGACCACGAUCUCGACUGCGAUCGAUGCGCAGAUGACCAUGGAAGAGAUGGCCAAGAUGGAAGAGCGCGGUGGUGAAGAAUGGACGGAUGAGAAGAAGGCCGAGUAUGAGAAGAAGGUCACCGGUAAGAUCUUGGCCGCUGCAUGGCGCGGAAGCAAAUUCGAGAUUCAGAGCGUGCUGCGCGACGUGUGCGAUCAAGUCUUGGGCGACAAGAGUAUCAGGCUGGAGAAGCGUGUCGAGCGUGCGCAUGCCUUGGUCCUUGCUGGUAACAUCUAUGCGAAGGCCGAACGCGAUCCUGAAGAGGAGGGUGAUUACAUGGCCUUCGAGCAGCUCAUGACCGAAGCCAUGCAGAAGAAGGGCAAGGAAGAAAAGAAGAAGAAUAAGCACAAGUCGAAGCACGAGGAUAUAGACGAAGCCCCCGUCGCAUAA